AUGCGUCACGACGUGGAUGUUCUUAUUAUCGGUGCGGGUAUGUCCGGAAUAGGCUUGUCAGUCAAGCUUCUUCAGCAACACGGUACACGCAACUUCGAGAUUAUCGAAAAGACCGAUAACGUUGCCGGCACGUGGUGGCUUAAUUCGUAUCCUGGCUGCGGUUGCGAUGUUCCCUCUCACUUUUACUCGUACUCAUUUGCCUUGAACCCAGACUGGUCCAGGAAAUUUGCCCUACAACCUGAGAUUCGUGCCUAUUUUGACAGCGUCGCGACCGAAUACAAUAUUCCCAGUCAUGUCCGUUUCGGACAAGAAGUUGUAUCUGCUUCUUGGGACGACACGGCUGGGAUCUGGCUCGCUGAAAUCCGCGACAUUAAGACGUCAAAAAUCUACCUUCGCCGAGCCAAGAUCCUCAUUUCUGCUGUUGGCGCGUUGUCGAUACCCAAACAGUGCGAAAUCCCUGGCUUCGAAUCAUACCAAGGUCGCCUGUUCCACACAGCUCAAUGGGAUCACACGUUCGACUGGGAAGGCAAGGAUGUCGUCGUCAUCGGGAAUGGCUGCAGUGCCACCCAGGUCGUUCCCUCAAUCAGUGAGGGCCCCGGCGCUGUCCACAAAGUGACCCAAUUCAGCCGGCAGGCUCAUUGGCUAGCAGAGAGGCCAAACCCCGAGUAUUCAUCCCUGUUCAAAUUGACGAUGAGAUAUGUGCCGCUUGCCAUGCGUAUCUAUCGUGCUAAGCUCUACUGGGAGAAAGAGCGGGACUUUAGUGGCUUCGAUCUCACCACUGGUGCUGGCAUGCGUAAGGCCUGGACUGCCGAGACGACUGAGUAUAUCCGCAAGAGCUCGCCUGCCAAGUACCGAGACUUCCUCGUUCCGAAGAGUGAGAUUGGUUGUAAGCGACGCGUUAACGACACCGGUUACUUGAAGAGCCUUCACCGCUCCAACGUCGAGUUGAUCUAUGAUGAUCCUGCAGAGGAAAUUAUCAAAAGCGGCAUCCGUACCAAGUCUGGGCGGGUGGUCUCUGCCGAUGCCAUCAUUCUCGCCCAUGGUUUUGAGACUCAGAAGUUUCUAUUUCCAAUGAAAAUUUUUGGCAAGGGUGGUGUCGAUUUAUAUGAUCACUGGAAUAACGUCAGUGAGGGUGUCCCAUCGUCCUAUCUUGGUACCUGUGUUGCUGGAUUUCCGAACUUUUUCAUGAUGAUGGGACCCAACACUCUGAGCGGUCAUCUUUCCGUCAUCUACACAACUGAGUGCCAAAUGAACCUGACAAUGCGACUGAUAACGCCAAUAAUGCGAGCUUUGAGCAAUAGCAAGUCUCGUCUGCCGUCAAUCUGGAAUGCUCCCGACGUCGUCGAAGUCACGCCUAGUGCUGAAGAUAAAGACAUUACAAAUGUACAGGAUAAAGCCAAGAAGCUCGUUUGGGCGAGUGGAUGUACGUCUUGGUUCAUCGAGCCAAACACCAAUAGAAACAGCAUCAUGUUUCCAGACUGGCAGUAUCGAUUUUGGCUUCGCAGUGUCUUCGUUACUUGGAGUGAUUUCUCAUACAGACUGUCAAGAGAUGGAGCGGUUGUUGCGAGGGAGCUAGGUCCAGGGGCGGGGACACUUUUUGCUUUGGUCAUGAGCUUCGCUAUUGCUACUGGGUCUUGGAUGUAUACGCGAGUCUGA